AUGAAUAUCAAUGACACUCCACAACAAGUGUCACCUACACUUGUGGGAUUGAAAACACAUCAUAGAAGAUCAUCUUCAAAUUCAUCAUCUGUUCAACAACAACAAAUACAACCUCAACAACAAAUACCUCAACAACAACCUCAACAACAACAACAAUCUCAACAAAUAUAUCAUUAUCCACCAUCACAACAAUCACAACAACAAUCGGGUAUUAUAAUGAACCGAAACAAUAGUUUUUUUAAUAUAAUCAGUUUAGGAACACAGUCUACGCCUCCAUCACAACCACAACCACCAUCAUCUGUAAUCCUAACAUCAGCAACACCUAUUAUCAAUAGUAAUAGUAAUAUAGUAAAUAAUAAUGUAGAUAAUUCAUCAUCCUCUUCGACGACAACGACAACAGACGCAUGUACACCACCAGCACGUAAAAAGUACAAACCAUUACAAAGAUUUCAUAAUGCCAAUCACGACCAAACUGUAUUCUAUGGAUGGAUCAUUAUUAUAGUGACCUGUCUCUUUUUUGUACUAUCUACCUAUGCAUUGGUCAUUUCAAAGUUUAUACCCGACACUGGUAAUCGAAUACUAGACUUUAUCAAAUACGAUUGUUUUUAUAAACAUAGAGAUAAAAGUAGUUAUUAUAACCCAAAUUUGCCACCAAGUUAUACACAGUCACAACAAAUAAAGCAACAAUCAAAUAUAAGGCCAAUUAAUAAUGGUAAUAAUAACAACAAUGGUAAUGGAUAUCAUAAUGGAAAUGGAAAUAUGGUACCAUUAUCAAUGUCACCUCCAAAUAGCAACAACAACAAUAUGAUGAUGAUGAAAGAGGUUAAACUAUGUAACAAUAACAAAGAUAGAGAGAUGUAUGAUAAUCUAGCAGAGUUGUAUUCGAUUGUAAAGGUGACAGAACACCUCGAAAAGGCAUAUAUACGAGAUAGCGUCUUACCAAAAGACUAUACAACUGCUUGUUCCAAACUCAUUGCUCAAUUUAAAACUUCACAAACACUUCUCAAAGAUAAUGUACCAAAUAUUAAUACAUUUAUGAGAGAUUAUAAUCUCGAUUGUAAAGCUGCUUACGAAAGAUUAGUAAACAAGGGAUAUCCAUCCACUUUGGAACAUAAUGUACAUACAGAUUCAAAUGAUACUAAAAUGGCAAAAAAUGUUGCAGAAACAGUUCAAUUCUUUAUUACAACAAUGGAUUCUGUUAGAUUAAAGUUUGUUGCAGUUGAUAAUAUACAUCCACUGUUGAGUGACUUGUUGGAGAGUCUUAAUCGAAACACAUGGCUUCCAAACUUUGAAGGAAAAGAGAAAAUUAUGUUUUGGAUGACAACGUUAAACAAAAUGAAGGCUAGCGAAGAAUUGGAUGAAGAUCAAACAAGACAAUUAUUAUUUGAUUUGGAUAGUAGUUAUAAUGCAUUUUAUAAGGCUAUUAAAAGCUAA